GCAAGUCUUUUGGCUUCUGCCAACGAUACUUUCCCAAUUUCUUCAAUUUUGGGAGCCAAUGAUUAUGGGCCUGAACCUUCUACAAUUCCAGCCGUUUCUUUCUCUGCUGCUAUUCAAUGUCAACAAAAUGAAGAUAAAAAAUUGGCUGGCUCAAAAUUUGAUGAUAAAAUAUUCUCAUUAUCGUGACAAUUCUUCUUUUCGAAUGAAAGAAAGUUGGGAACGUUUUACUUGUCUGCCUCAAAUUACUAAAGAUUGGAAUUCUUUAUUCAACGAUGCCUGCACUAUCGCCUUCCAAUUAGGCCCGUAUAUUGGUGCAAGACAUGAAGUUUCUAUUAAACUUAUUCGUUUGCUUAAUCUUUUCUACGAUGACGUUGAAGCACAAAGUUUGUCUGAACGGGAAAAUUUUCUAAACAUUAUUGUGGAUUUAUGUGACUCUGUACUUGUACCUGCUGCUUCUCUUCUUGACUCUAAUUUUGUUUAUUGUGAGGAACUUUGGCAAAUUUUGGGUCGUCUUCCUUACCAAGAAAGAUAUCGAAUUUAUCAUCGUUGGCGUACAAUACAUACUCAACGUUGUUGGGAAUUAAGUCUUCAAAGAGGAAAGGUUUUGGGAAUGACAAGAUAUAUAAUGAAGCGAUUGAGUAAAGAUACUGCUAAAGUAAUGGGUAGACAAUUGGGAAAAUUAUGCCAUUCAUAUCCAACAAUUCCUUUGGAUUAUUUACUUGGAAAAGUACAAGAAUUCCAAAAUUUUAUUGGUCCAGUUGUUGAUUCUAUUCGUUUUCUUUCUUCGCUCGAAUUUGACGUUCUUGCAUAUUGCCUCAUCGAAAAUUUGGCAGCGCCAGAAAAACAAGAUUUUAAAGUUUUGGAUAUUUCCUACUCCCCAUGGCUUCAAUCUUUGGCAAGCUUUUCAGCUGCAAUUUUUAAGCGUUACAAUAUUGACCUUGGAGGCAUUCUUCAAUAUAUAACUAAUCAAUUAAAGGAUGCUAAAAAUUUGGAUUUAAUUGUAUUACGUGAAAUUGUCACAAGCAUUUCUGGAAUUGAAUCAGCUUCUGAUUUGACACAAGAACAUUUGGAUUCACUAUGUGGGGGAGAUAUACUUCGAAGCGAAGCAAGCUCUCUCCAAAUGAAUAAAUUAAAUCGUCGUUCAAUAAAUCGUCUUCGUGAUGCUUUGUUAAAAGAUGGAUUAUUUGAAUCACUUUGCAUUCUUAUUGGACAACAAAGGCAAUUUAUUGUGUUUCGUGAUUCUGCUGAAUAUCCAUUGAAAUUGGCUACACAAAUGCUUGAUCAGUGCCAGGAAACUUUCGUUCAAUUUUUCCACUUUCUUCGCACAAAUCUAAAACCAGAGCAAUAUUCUAAACGACUACCUUCAGCUCUAGAGCUUUUAACAGAUUAUCAUCUUUCUGUUGAUGCAAUGUUUUGUCUGAUGCGCCCUGUUUAUAUGAAUGAAAUUGGGACAUCUUAUGAAUCAGCUAAACAAAAAUAUAAAGAAGAACAUGAGGAUAUAACAUCGCUAGAUAAUGCUCAAAAAUCUCUCAUUUACAGAGAAAUAUUUAUUAAUCGUUUGGAUACGUUAAGUGAGGAAUUGGCUAAAGCAUUUCCUCAAACAAUGUGGCAGGAUAUUACCUAUAGGUUGCACACAAUUUUCUGGCUUCUCUCUGUGAAUGACUUAAUCGUUCCCGAAGCAGCAUAUGAACGAAAUAUUGAGAAAAUUCAUAAAGAAUUAAAGGAACUACAUCAAGUCAGUAGUGAUUCUGGACUGUUAGGAAUUCGUGGAGGAGCAGCUACACUUAGACGGACAGCCAAAGAAGAAGAAAGGCUUAAAUCAUUGGAGCUUAAAUUGAAUGAGGAAAAGAAAAGGUUCUCAAUUUUUGGCUCUACUCCAGUUUAUGCGUCCAAUCGACUUUUAUGCGUCCAAUGA